CCGAAGCCCCACUCGUUUAAUCGAUGUAACCAAGUGCGGUCGUGUCGCUACAGGGCUCAUUGUAGUUCACGCGAAAGCCCUUAAAAGUGCCUUUUCAAAUGUAGUCCCCUUCGUGCUGCCAACGUCAAAGGCACCUUCUGAAUUUCGAGAGGAAAAUCCAUGCAAACAUCAGUUGCGGUCUAGAUCAGAGGUCGACCGUCACCCACCGCCACCACAGGGCCAUCCCGAUGGGUUGAGAACGCCUACACAACGUGUUUGUGGUCUCACCACCGACGCUGGUUAAAAGGAAUAGUUUUAAAAUAAGGUGUGGUAAACCAAAACAAUAGAGUGUUACGAGGUAAAGUCCAAUGACGUCUCCGAGCGCAGCCGUCGGAGACCCUGCAAGACCGUGAACUCGCGCGCAUCGCGCAUCUUUGAUGCUCGCUCCCCCGCUGGAGAAAAUUGUCUACACGCACUGUCACUUCAUUAUUAUUAAGUUUCUUAACAUUUUCUUCAUUUUAUAGUUUAUAUUUAUCUAUAACGUACCAUCCGAAGCCGGAUCAUGACUAAAAUCUUGAAAGUAGUCGGCGCCUCAUGGCUGCGGACCAAAGUCAGCUCUUACAUCUUAGGAAUACUUGGAAUCCUGGCAAUAUUGGCACUGUUCGCUGGGCAGAUUGAGAGAAUUCAAGAAGAUGGAAACUACGCAGCAACCGUUUUCUAUUCCGAUAAGACAGGAUAUCGCAUCGAAUACUGGGGCCAGAGUAAUGAACUAGCUGAUAUACCUAGAGGAGUAGCAAGAGCUUAUUUUAGAAUGGACGUUGAAACAACAGGCUGGUCUCUAUUGGAAGUAGAGACCUCAGAUUCAUACCCCGACGAGAUCCAAGCAUACGCGGCAGGCAUCGUCGAAGGUGCCCUGACCUGGUCGCUCAUCCACACGCACCUGGAGAACACCAUUCGGGCUAAAUGUGACAACAAGCCGCUGGAAAAACAAUGCAAUAGACUACGGGAUGCUUUGGACAAGUCCGUCGAUAUAUGGAAGUCUCAGGCCGCGGAGAAGGGGAGUGUUGAUCCUUUCUGGCACCAGGUAUCUCUAUAUUACGUCCAAAUUAGUGGUAUCUUCACCGGUUGGAAACAUGGCGUCGAACGUAGCCAGAACGAGUACGAUACUGACAUAUCCGACUUGUAUUGGCUCAACUCAGCUGCAGAGGUGACUGAAAUCCAACAUAAGCUGAACAACUCCUUGGAUGAUGACGUCAUAGACACCCUGCCCCACUUAUCCAGUGGAUUCAUAAGGAUAGUUAAUGAAACAUCUAGCAAGAAGCUUUAUCUAGCCCAAAACACAGCUGGAAGCUACUCCUCAAUGACUCGCAUAUUAAAACGAUACAAACUUAACUACCAUCUCACAUCUAACAAGAACUCCAGUCUCAUCCCGGGAACAUCGGUGGACUUCUCCGGGUAUCCUGGGUCCAUUAACAGUCAAGACGAAUUUUACAUUUUAAAAGGGAAUGACCAUAGACUAGCAGUUUCCGGUACACCACUCAAAAAUUACAAUAGCAAACUGUGGAAGGAAGUGAACAUAACUGAACAGGUGCCACUGGGUCCUCGCGUGCUGGCCGCCAACCACUUGGCUUCUAACGUGAGCACUUGGGGCCACAUCCUAGCUCAAAGCAACUCCGGCACUGCCUGCAAGCAAUGGCUGGUUGUUGACUACAACAAGUUCGAUCAGCUGGAACAUUUGAGGAAAGAGAAACCCAUUGACAGACUCGCGAAGAACGAUAUCGUUACCGAGAGCACUGUGAAUAGGGAUGUGAAACACACCGUAGUUUACCGAGCCAGCAAUGGACACAGCAAGGGGCUGGUAUGGCUGAUAGAGCAGGUGCCCGGGCGCACGCACUCCGCAGAUCUCACCGACGUGUUGAUGGAACAGGGCUACUGGGCUACCUAUGGCCUACCUUUCUUCCAGGAUAUAGCCGAAAUCACACAUGUCAAUCAAAUGGAAGAGCAGUAUGGAAACAUAUUCUCAGAAUCGGAAUCUCCAAGAGCCGUUAUUUUCAAACGUGGUUACAAAAACGCGACAUCUCUGGAACGAAUUAUCAAACUAAUGCGGCAGAACAACGUCACCGCGAUCAACAGAGCUAGUAAUGAGACCGAGGAAUGCCAAGAGGGUUUGGAGUGCAUGGUCGGAGAAAUGGGGUACUGGGCAGUCCUUGGAGUACGCGGUGAUUUGGUCCAAAAAUAUAAAGAAGCAUAUGGAAUCAUAGACACAAAAGUUGCUACCGGUACACAAGGCAGGAGUUUUAUAGAAUUUGUGGCGCUAUCCGGCCCUCCUUACACAAAAGCGAAUGCCACUAAAAUCAACAGAGGCAACAUAGCCCCAAUAUACACCCACGAGUUCGACAACAACCCCUCAAUCGACGGGCUAGAGAUCCGAGACCUCGUGAAGCAGCAACUAGAAGAAGCUGAGCAGGAAAACUUGGAAUACCUCAACAGGGAUGUCAUCAAACCAUUUCAAUGGUCAGAGAGCGACUACAAAGAUAGACCUCACCAAGGAUUCCCAGAUAAAUGGGAAUUCGAACCCUUCAAACCUAAAUGGUCUUGGUGAAUCUCUACAUUCUCAAAUCAUCAUCCUUAUUUGCUAAUCUAAUUAAGUGUUUCACUUUCAAACUAUUUAUGGUUCAUUGUUUCUCGUCGUUAAUUUCUCUCAGUAAGUUUCGUCCCUUGACAAAAAUAUCGUAAGUUUUUUUUUAUAAGAAAUCGAUAUAGGGACAUAAUCAAUUAUGAUAGACUCAGAAUCAAUAAUUCUACCGCAUAAUUGCGCAUAAUGUUGUCAUAAACCACUUUGUGUUACUUUAAUUCAUUAGUAGAAUGUUUUAAGUAAAUUUAGUCUUAUUUAUUGGAUCUUUGUUCGUAUUGUCAAUGUUUGUUUGUAUAUUUGUUUUAGUAAUUCUUAAAAUGUUUGUAAUUGCGGAAGUUUUCACAAUAAUUUUAUUUACAAAAAAUAUCGGAAUCCAGAAUCAGGAUUUCAUUUAAAAUGAUGAAUGAAAUCAAAUAUUUUGUGAAAAACCAUCUUUUACGUGUUUUAAAUAUUUUUCUGUUAGGAAUCAUGAAAGUCUUUUAGUUAAAAUUAUCAUUUUCAUUGCACAUUUGCUUGACUUUACUCGUAUGUACUUUUAAAUAUUUACUUUAAAUUGUAUUUUAAAUUUAAUAACAAUGAAGUGACCUGCAAAAGAACAUUUCGGAUUUACUCUCGAAAAUAAAAUGUUCCAUUAGAUAGUUACAAA